GGCACAUAAUAGCAUGCAUUAUUAAUAGAGUAGCUUAAUACUAUCUAUGAAAUAGGCAUAUUCUUUGCAUUAUAAAAACGAACCUCUCUUUUACAACGUUCUUUAAAUGCCAAGUGAGAGCCACACAUGCUCGGAAUAUUCUUUCAGGCUCCCGUUGAACCUUACAUGACAAUACAAAAGAAGGAACCCUCUCCAGUACAACUCAGUAGUCUGGCAGUUAGCACGCAAACACGUCAUCUAGUGGCUGAGUUCUCCUAGACCAGUCUGCACCCGAAGGGCUUCCAACAGAUAAGCAUGUGGUUCUGAAACUCUUAUUCUCCCCAACUGCCCAAGUUUGUCCACUACCUCCCAUGGUGAGUCACGGAGAUUUCAUCUGCCACCCGCGGCCUUGUGAGCGCUACAACCACGGGACCGUGGUGGAGUUUUACUGCGAUCCUGGCUACAGCCUCACCAGUGACUACAAGUACAUCACCUGCCAGUACGGAGAGUGGUUUCCUUCCUAUCAAGUCUACUGCAUCAAAUCAGAGCAAACGUGGCCCAGCACCCACGAGACCCUACUGACCACGUGGAAGAUCGUGGCGUUCACAGCGACCAGCGUGCUGCUGGUGCUGCUGCUCGUCAUCCUGGCCAGGAUGUUCCAGACCAAGUUCAAGGCCCACUUCCCCCCGAGGGGCCCUCCCAGGAGUUCCAGCAGCGACCCUGACUUCGUGGUGGUGGACGGCGUGCCCGUCAUGCUCCCGUCCUAUGACGAGGCUGUGAGUGGCGGCUUGAGUGCCUUAGGCCCCGGGUACCUGGCUUCCGUGGGCCAGGGCUGCCCCUUACCCGUGGACGACCAGAGCCCCCCAGCAUACCCUGGCUCAGGGGACACGGACACAGGCCCGGGGGAGUCAGAAACCUGCGACAGUGUCUCAGGCUCUUCCGAGCUGCUCCAGAGUCUGUAUUCACCCCCCACGUGCCAAGGGGGCACCCACCCUGCUUCUGACAACCCUGACACGAUUGCUAGCACAGCGGGGGAGGUGGCAUCCACCAGCCCAGGCAUCGACAUUGCAGAUGAGAUUCCUCUCAUGGAAGAAGAUCCCUAGAUGGGCAGAAUUCUGAUGAUUCUUCUGUCCCUUUGGUGAAAGGAAACUUGUACCUUGGAGUGAAGCCACAGAAAGACAGAACUUGGGAGAGGGACGCUGUCUGAUUUCUCUCCAUGGGAACAGUGAUUCUCAUCCUACAUCUCGGACUCCACAGCGAGGCUGACGAGCUGCAGUGGCGCUGCUUUUAGAUAAGACUUGAGGAUUUGCCAAGAGCAGUGGGGAGCAAAGGGCAGAGGGGAAACCCCUGUGCGGUCCCGGAUGGAGGUGGUAAGUGUGUUUCACGCUGUGGAACAUGGGGGGAUUCCAUGCACAUACCACUGAAUCACACGUCCCGUUGACUUCUGUUACCAGUACUCCCUGCCCCCUCUGAAAGCAUGUCACAUUGUAUACAUUUGCUUCUAAAAUCCGCUCAGACUGUCUCUGGACUCCAAAUUCGGAUGGGCGAGCCUCCGUGGAAAGACUGGCG